GUGGCAUUGGGGCGCGCAGCUUCUGACAGCCUCUCGUGCAUCGCAAGUCGACCCCCGGUGGUCCAAGGCUGCAUCUGACGCUCAAUCAGCCAGCCCCACAGAUCGGACAAGUUGGGGCUCGUAUUGGGCUCGUCGAGGGCUUCACCAUGCCUCCUGGGCAACGUUCUUCCCCUCACCUGCUCGCCGUGGUGAUCUCCUUCGCCUUUGCAAUGAGCGCAGCUCAGCAGAGCUCGACAUCUCAUGAGGGAAUUGCGGCAAGGCAUCAACACACGCCGGGAGACACGCACAACCCACAGCGCCAGACUCUUGACGGCGGGGCUGAGACUCUUGCCGAGAAGCCCGAGUGCUUGAUUGACCAAUUCGCCCUGUGCGGAGGGGCGGAUCAAAACGGAACGGUGAGCUCAGCUGGCCAAGGCAGGGCCCAGGGCAGAUCUUGCGUCAUUCUAUGUAUGUCUCUUGCGCAUCCAGGCUGACGUGGCCCUUCCCUUUGUCCCGGCAGUCGCUCUGCAUCCACACAGCAAGCCGGCAUCAUACACAAACACCACAGCGAGGGGGACUGCAAGGAACAAGUCCCUCGCGGCACUCGAGAGCAUGACAUUCUCUGCUCUGUUACAAGCCUAG